AUGCUGCUGAGCGGAGCUGCUCCGGCGGGCUCCGGCCCCGCAUCGCGGGCGCAGGGCGGCGCGGGGGGCUCGCGGCGGGGCGCGGGGGGCGCGGGCGCUGGCCCGGGCGGGGGCGGCGGCGUGGCCAAGUGGCUGCGGGAGCACCUGGGCUUCCGCGGGGCCGGCAGCGGGGGCAAGCCGGCGCCCCCCGAGCCGGACUACCGGGCGCCCGCGCCCUCGCCCGCCGCGCCCGCCGCGCCCCCCGCGCCCUCCCCGGACAUCCUGGCCGCCUACCGGCUGCAGCGGGAGCGCGACUUCGAGGACCCCUACUCGGGGGGCCCGUCCGGCUCCGGCUCGGCCGUCCCCGCCGCCCCCGGCCCCGCGCCGCCCCCGCGCCACGCCUCACCCCCGCACCGCCUGAUCCGCGUCGAGACCCCGGGGCCCCCCGCGCCGCCCCCCGACGAGCGGACCUCCGCGCCCCCCGCCUGCAGCGACAGGCUGGCCAUCCUCGAAGACUAUGCAGACCCGUUUGACAUCCAGGAGACAGAUGAGAGCCCAGCAGGAGCUCCUGGAGCCUCCGAGAAGGUCCCUGAAAAUGAUGGCUACAUGGAGCCCUAUGAGGCCCAGAAGAUGAUGGCUGAGAUUCGGGGCUCCAAGGACCCAGCCUCAGCUCAGCCCCUGCCACUGUAUGACACACCCUAUGAGCCAGAGGAAGAGGGAGCCACCCCAGAGGGUGAGGGGGCCUCCUGGCCAAGGGAAUCUCGACUACCUGAGGAUGAUGAGAGGCCCCCUGAAGAGUAUGACCAGCCCUGGGAGUGGAAGAAGGAGAGGAUUUCCAAAGCCUUUGCUGUUGAUAUUAAGGUCAUCAAAGACCUACCUUGGCCUCCACCUGUGGGACAGCUGGACAGCAGCCCCUCCCUGCCCGACGGGGACAGGGACAUCUCCGGUCCAGCCUCACCCCUCCCCGAACCCAGCCUGGAGGACAGCAGCGCCCAAUUUGAAGGAUCCGAGAAGAGCUGCCUGUCACCUGGCCGUGAGGAGAAGGGGCGGCUGCCUCCCCGACUCUCCCUAGGGAACCCCAAGCCAGCCAAGCCCCUAAGCCUGGAGCCCGGCAGCCCCCUGGGGGAGUGGACAGACCCAGCACUACCUUUGGAAAACCAGGUCUGGUACCACGGGGCCAUCAGUCGAACCGAUGCGGAGAACCUGCUCCGGCUGUGCAAAGAGGCCAGCUACCUGGUGCGCAACAGCGAGACCAACAAGAAUGACUUCUCGCUCUCUCUCAAGAGCAGUCAGGGCUUCAUGCACAUGAAGCUGUCUCGGACCAAGGAACACAAGUAUGUCCUGGGCCAGAACAGCCCUCCCUUCAGCAGCGUCCCCGAAAUCGUCCACCACUAUGCCAGCCGCAAGCUGCCCAUCAAGGGGGCCGAGCACAUGUCCCUGCUGUACCCCGUGGCCAUCCGGACUCUGUAGAGGGGAGGCCCGGGCACUCGGACAAAUCAAGGACCUGCCCUGUGCCUGUCCCCAGGCCUCAGGACAUGAUCUCUCCCUUCCUUCCCUUUCCUUGAUGGGUGGGGUGCCAGAAGAGAGAAUGAGGAGGAGGAGGUCUGCUGGAAGGAAGAGUCCUUAAUUUAUUCUAAAGGGGAAGAAGGGCUGCCAGGACCUGGGAGGUCGAGUCCAUCCCUGGGGAGUCAGAAAGACACCUGGAGGAAGGGGAAUCCGAGUUCACCACCAGUCCCAUUCUGGGGCAGAGGUGAUGACCUUCUCCCAGGCCAGAGGUGAGAAAUAAAGUGCGUCCUGCCAGGCCAAGCCAGGCCCCG